AUGUCGCGGGACCAGCUGGUUCGGGCCGUCUUUGCUGCGCUCGACGCCGACAAGGACGGCGUGCUCAACCAGAAGGACCACCUCCGAGGGAUGCGGGUGUUUGCGGAAGCCACCGGCAUGAGGGGUGGCAGCGCGCAGGCGUGCGACAACGCAGAGUUGACCAGGGACGUCGUGUUCUUCCUGAAGCUAGUCAACGAUAAGAGCGGCGACGCCGGGUGCUUCUGCACGGACGAGGACCAAGAGCUGCGAACCAUCCAGGCCAAGCUCUCCGCCCAGAGCGCCGCCGUCGCAAAGGCCGUGAGCAAGGCAGUCUCUGCCGCGCGACCGCCGGCGAUGUCCCCGCCGCCGGCGAUGUCCCGCACGGAGCUGAUCAGCGCGAUCUUCCAGAGGCUGGACGUCGACAAGGACGGGAAGCUCAACCCGGGCGAGAUGCGCAGGUUUGCGGAGCAGCAAGAUUUUGACGGCACCGACGAGGAGUGGGCCGAAGCCUACAAGGAGCUCUGCACCGAGAAGGGCCGAGAUCCCGCUCAGGGUGUCAACCUCGAGCUCUUCACGCAGCUGCUGAACGACGAGUCGGAGGAGGGACACCGGCUGCCACUGCACCGACGUGGAGAUGCAGUCGAUGCUCGCGAAGCUUCCAGGCAGCUGAGGUCGCUCAGCCAGCCACAGGGGCGCUUGCCGGCGCGGAAGGCCGCCGGCCUGCUCCGGUGGCCGCGCCGCUGGGGCGCAGCGCCAGGCUACGCCGUGGCAGCCGCCAGAGCGUCGCCGGGUUGGCCAGGCGUCGUGUCGCCCUGA